AUGGAGCGGUACACCUACCGCCCUCUGGACAAGACACAUAAGGAGAUUAGAGUACUUGACGUCCUCCCUGGAUCUGGCAAGCAGACCGUGAGAUGUCAAAUGAGGCACGUCUUUCUCACGUCCGACCCUGUACCCAAGUACGAGACGAUCUCUUACUGCUGGGGAGACGCUCGGCUUCGGUGGUACAUUAUCGUGGAUGGGUCACCUUUGAACGUACCAUCAAGCGCUGCGAAGGCACUAACCAGGAUGCGUCGAAAGCGUUCGAGACGGACUCUCUGGAUUGAUGCGGUCUGCAUCAAACAGAGCGAUCUUCUUGAACGCGAAUGGCAGGUUGGGCUCAUGAAGGAAAUCUAUUCUGCGACCGUGUGUUGCCUCGUCUACCUAGGCGACGGCAAGAGUCUGGCGAGACCUGCGGCCAAGUCGUUGAAGAUUGUGCAAAGCUUGGUGGAAACAAGCACGUCUAUCGAUAGUGCGAUUAGGCAGGAGAGAAUCAAACUACCAGAAGGCUUCAAUUCUGACGCCGUUCAGACACUUUACUUCGAGCCGUGGUUCACCAGAUUAUGGAUCCUCCAAGAAGUCGCACUACCGUGCCAGACCAUCUGUCAUUGGGGAAGCUUGGUCUACGACUUCAGACAACUUGUCAUUAUUGGGGAUUUUUGGCUGAACAGGGUGAAGCUUACUCAACUUAGGAAUCACUCUGAGUUCCUCGAUCGAUUACUGGCGAUAAACAGGAUAUCAAAAAUGCUCCAGGCAGACGAAAGCGAGCCGAUGCGCUUCGCGGGUGUACCUCUUUCCACCCUACACUUGGCUACAGAUCUUUUUCGAGCUUCCGACAGCCAUGAUUACGUGUACAGUGUGCUUGGAUUAUGCUACGCCGACACUCUCAGUCGGUGGUCUUCACUGCUUGAGCCUCGCUACACAAUAUCGCCACGAGACGUGUUCCGUGACGCUACCAGGGCCGCUAUCGAAGAGGCACAAUCACUCCAGAUUCUAGUUCGGGGGGCUGAUUCUUUAUGCUGCAGCCCGGACACAAUCCUACGAGCAAGUCCCUCGUGGGUAGUAUCUUGGGAUCACUCCUAUAAUUAUGAUGAGGAUGCGGUACCACUGCACUUCAACUUUGCUGCUGCUGACGACAACCAUCCGAUCAUGUAUGGAAGACAUUCUCAUGAUCAGGACUUGUUGCUCCUUGGAGGCGUCGAUGCCUGCCAGGUAGUCGCUGUAAGCCGGCCUGUUUCGAGAAACAGCGCACAAGUGUGGAGCAAUAUACUCGAGAUCAUAGACUUCUGCUUGAUUUCUGCCCGACCGAUGGAUGGCAACCACAUUAACAUCCGCGAGGAGAUGGACAUAGGCCCAGCAUUGGUGGGAGGUCGAAACGUCGGCCGGAAGCGCACGAGCCGGGAUGCAUUCGAAGAGAUGCUUGCCGUCAGACAAACAAUACAACAUAGGGCGACACCACUCACAAGCACCUUACAACAGAGCCCCAUUGACAGUGACGAGAUCAUAGGCGGGGCUGAAGCGUACUUGAAAGAUCUCAUAGCUAUGCUGCACCGCCGUAAAGUCUUCGUGACCACCUCUGGUCAAGUAGGUAUUGGCCCAGAAGAUAUGGAAGUGAAUGAUAAGGUGGUGGUGCUCUAUGGAAGCCGAAUACCUUUCAUCCUGCGGCCUGUUGGCGACGAGUAUCGGCUUGUAGGUCCUUGCUAUCUGCAAGGCAUAAUGGAUGGCGAGGCCGUCCGCCAGCACGUGGCAGAAGAGAAGGAGGAUACUAUGUUCGUUAUUCGAUAG